UUCUCCCACCAAAAGAAUCAUCAAUGGCGGCCAGAAUCUUGAUAGCGUCGUCGGUGAUAUUAGUAAUUUUAGCUUAUCUCAUUUGGGCACCUUCCGUUAUUGCUCCUUCCCCAGAAGUCGCCUUUGUCAAGAAGACCAUAUCUUCCCACAAGAUCGUCAUCUUCUCCAAGUCUUAUUGCCCGUAUUGUAAGAGGGCAAAAUCUGUGUUCAAGGAGCUUAACCAGGUUCCACAUGUUGUUGAGCUUGACCAGAGAGAGGAUGGUUCGAGCAUCCAGGAUGCUAUUAGUGAGAUUGUAGGAAGGCGGACUGUUCCACAAGUGUUCAUAAAUAGGAAGCACCUUGGAGGCUCAGAUGAUACUGUUGAAGCAUAUCAGAGUGGAGAACUGGCUAAGUUGCUAGGUAUUGACACAGAGGAUGCAGAUGAGUUCUGAAACCAUAAUUAAGAAUCCGUCUGUCAUUACUGGAGAUAUUUUGACUUAUGUGGUUACAAUUUAUUACUUUCAUUUCAACUUCCUUUUUGGUCCAUGAUCUCAUUUCUAGCUUGCUAUCAAUCAUAUAAGUAUGUAGUAACUUGGCAAGAUCUAUUCAGUUAUGCGUUUAGAGUUGCUUGGACAAUAAUUAGCUUGUUUGAAUAUGGUUCCUACUGGAGACCAGUUC